AAAAAGUAUUUAAUUGUUUGUCAACGCUUGUGAGAAUAGAGUGUGCCACGUUUAAUACAACAAUAAUAUAAAGGAGCUUCAAGCUGUUUAACUUACCGCAAAUCUAUAAGCAUACUACGGCUGACUCGAGUCGUCCAAGCAGCAGCAACAGCACCAACAGCAGGAUGCCAGUUCAUGAAUUCAAAGUGGAAAUGUCGUGUGGCGGAUGUGCCGGCGCCGUGGAAAAGGUCUUAUCCAAAUUAGGUGAUAAGGUGGAAAAAGUGAACAUCAAUUUGGAAGCAAAAACAGUAACCGUCACAUCAAAUUUAACGUCCGACGAACUGUUGGCCCAGCUGCGCAAGAGUGGCAAAACGGUGUCAUAUGUUGGUGUGAAGAAAUGAGAUGAGUUUAUGAGCAAGUUUCAGAAAUACGGCAAGCUGAAACUUGAAGUCUAAUAACCAAAGGAAUUCUCAAAUGGAUUUCGUGAUUGCCUUUGCUUUGCCAGUUGAUGCCAUCGAUGUCAUAAUGUGAGAAACACCCACAAUAAAUCAUUGAAAAUAACAGCGUGAUGCAUCCGUACGACAAGAUGAAACCUUACAAAUUAUACAUUAAUCGUGAAUUCAUCAAAGGAACAUGAUAUAGGCAUAAGCGGCUUAUCUACAAAGUUUGCUUAUGGAUUUGCUUUAACUCCAAAUUUUAAGUAGCUGAACAUUAAAAUUGUAUCUCAAGAAGAUAGUAUUUGUAUUAAAAGAGUUAUACUCCCAUA